AUGAGUCUAAACUCAAACUCAAACCUAAACUCAAUACCCAAACUCAAACCCAAACCCAAACUCAAACCCAGUACCCAAACCCAAACCCAAACUCAAACUCAAUGCCCAAACUCAAACUCAAACUCAAACCCAAUACACAAACCCAAACUCAAACUCAAACCCAAUACACAAACCCAAACUCAAACCCAAACUCAAUACCCAAACCCAAACUCCAAACCCAAACUCAAUACCCAAACCCAAACUCCCAAAUAAAAAGCAAUUUCUAACCAACUACAACAUCAACUGCAGCCUCAACCUCAAGCACAAGCGCAAGCACAAGUUCAACUAGUGUCCGAAAAAAUCUUUCAUGGAGAGAAAUGCUUUUGGUAUGUUGCUAAACUACGGCGAAGUUUCCGCUGCCCACAAUAA